AUGGUUAAUGACUUCGUGCUGUCAGCUGUGGCUGCAGGCCUCCCAGAGGAACUGGGAAAAGGGAUGUGGACCCGCCUUCGCUUUCCCUUUGGGGGCGGGGCCACGCCCACACUCCCUGGAGGGCGGGGUCACAUUCGCACAAGUCUGCCAAGCAUUCCUGAGGCCAGCAGCCAGCCAGGACCCAGGAUCAUGUCCCUGGUUCUUCCCACCCUGCUCUACCUCGGAAGUCUCCCACCACCUGUUAUCACAGCUCAGCCUGGAUCCAUGGUUCUAUAUAAUGAACCAGUGACCAUCCUGUGCCAAGGGCCUCCAGACGCUGAAACCUACGAGAUAUAUAAAGUGGAAGAACCUGGGUCUAGGGACAGAAGGAAAUUACUGGUGGCUGAGAUGACCGAUACUUUAUAUAUACAAGAGAUGAAACCAGACCAGACAGGACUAUACCGCUGUUCCUACGAGAGUGGAGAGCACUGGUCCCUGCUCAGUGACCCCCUGCAUGUGGUGAUGACAGGAACUUUUGACAAACCCUCACUCUCCAGCAUGAGUGGCACGGUGGUAGCUUCAGGAGACAAUGUGAAGUUACAGUGUUUCUCCAGAAUCAGAUUUCAAGCAUUUAUUCUCACCAAAGAAGAUGCACCUCAGUUCACCCAGAGACAAAGCUCCACAACCCAAGACAAUGGACAACAGACCACCUUUCACAUGGACCAUGUCAUGUCCACACAGGCAGGGACCUACAGAUGCUACGGUGCCUUCACCAAAGACCCCUAUGUGUGGUCUCACCCCAGUGACCCAUUGCAGCUUGUGGUCAGAGGAAGUCUCUCCCCACCUGUUAUCACAGCUCAGCCUGGAUCCAUGGUUUUAUAUAAUGAACCAGUGACCAUCCUGUGCCAAGGGCCUCCAGACGCUGAAGCGUACAAAAUAUAUAAAGUGGAAGAACCUGAGCCUACGGAUGGAAAGAAAUUACUGGUGACUGGGAAGACUGACACUUCAGCUAUCCAAGAGAUGAAACCAUACUGGACAGGACUGUACCGCUGUUCCUAUAAGAGUGGAGGACACUGGUCCCCACUCAGUAACAUCCUGCAUCUAGUGAUGACGGGAUCUUAUGACAAACCCUCACUCUCCAGCAUGAGUGGCACGGUGGUGGCUCCAGGAGACAAUGUGGCGUUACAGUGUUUCUCCAGAAUCAAGUUUGAUGCAUUUAUCCUCACCAAAGAAGAUGCACCUCAGUUCACCCAGAGACAAAGCUCCACAGCCCAGGACAAUGGACAGCAGACCACCUUCCACAUGGACCAUGUCACCUCCACACAGGCAGGGACCUACAGAUGCUACGGUGCCUUCACCAAAGACCCCUAUGUGUGGUCUCACCCCAGCAAACCAUUGCAGCUUGUGGUCAGAGGACCUGCUGGUUGGAGUGUGUCCCGUGUGAACCAAGUCCGGCUGAGCCUGGCUAGCCUGGUUCUCUUGGUCCUGGUGGUCCUGGUGGCGGAGGCCUGCUACAGCCACAAGAGGUCCUUCUAUAGACUCAGAUCAGAUCCUUACCUGAGCGUCAUGACAAACACCGAGGAUACUUAUGGCAUCUAA